GGAUGGUUCUAGUCUAGUCUGGGUCGUUCGUGGUGAACGGAUUGUAUAUUUAUUGGUUUGGACUGUGACUUUUGAUUUGCUCAACAUGAAGUGUGGGGGUUUUGUUCUGGGGUUAGUGCUUCUUAGUCUGUCGAUUUCGAUGGCAUUAACUGAAAAGAAAAUCGUGUGCUAUGUGGGAACGUGGUCCGUUUAUAGGCCAAACCGUGGCUCGUUCAAUAUUGAAAAUAUCGAGCCUUCGCUGUGUACGCAUUUGAUGUACGCCUUCUUCGGGAUCAAUGAAGAUGGAACCAUUCGGAUUAUUGACCCGUACUUGGAUUUGGAGGAAAACUGGGGCCGAGGUCACAUAAAGCGGUUCAAUGAGCUUAAGCUGCAGCAUCCAAAGCUCAAGACGAUGGCCGCCGUUGGUGGAUGGAACGAACAGUCUCAUCCGUUUUCUGUGGUAGCUGCUAGUCCAACCCUUCGACAGCGAUUUAUCAAAGACAGUAUCAAAUUUUGCAAGAAACACAACUUUGACGGUAUCGAUCUGGACUGGGAGUACCCUGGACAACGCGAUGGCAACGAAUUGGUUGAUCGUGAAAAUCAUGCAACUUGGUUGGAAGAAAUACGACGAGAAUUUGAUCGUGAAGGACUCCUCCUUUCUGCUGCAGUGGCAUCGGCGGAAUUUUCCGCCAGCAGAUCGUACGACAUUCCACGAGUUUCAGCAGCACUGCAUUUCAUCAACGUGAUGACCUACGAUAUGCAUGGAUCGUGGGAUCCCUACACAGGGUUCAAUUCGCCUCUCUACUCCGGUUCUAAGGAUGUGACGGACCUGCAGCAACAACUCAACGUAAAUGCAAGCAUCCACUAUUGGAUCGAGCUAGGUGCUCCGAAGGAAAAGAUCGUAAUGGGUAUUCCUUCCUAUGGGAGGACCUUCACUCUGGUAGACUCGAGCGCCAAUGGAAUUGGAGCGCCUGCCUCGGGUCCGGGAAAGGCCGGACAGUAUUCAAGGGAAGCAGGGAUGAUUGGGUAUAAUGAGCUGUGUGAAAAGUUUCUCUCGGAAAAAUGGGACAUUACUUGCAAUGAGCAACAGUUGGUCUGCUAUGCAACCAGUGGAAAUCAGUGGAUCAGCUUCGAGGACGUCAAAUCUGUGGCGCACAAGAUGGACUACUUCUCCCAAAUGAACCUCGGCGGCGUAAUGGUUUGGUCGCUGGAAACAGACGAUUUCCAUGGCAUUUGUCACGAUUCGCGAUACGCGCUAAUGAGCGUCAUUUACGAGCACAUUUACGGACAAUCACCACCGUUGAACAACACGACCACUGUCACUCCUCCUCCAUCAGGUUCCACCCCAACUCCUCCUGACGGCUGUUCACCAGAGGGCGUGUUCCCGAACGAAGAAGUCUGCGACAAGUACUUCAUCUGUGACUCCAACGGACGUCGGUUCGAUUUUUCCUGUCCGGCCGGAUUGCUGUUUGACCCCGUGCUUGCUCUUUGCAACUGGCCCCAUCUGGUUGAUUGUGAUUUGUGAAUUAAUCGAUUCUUUGUGUUCUAUUUGAAAUAAAAAUACAUUUUAUUUAAAGCUUCUCGCAUAGCAGAGCA